AUGGCCAUCCCUGCGCCAUGUAGUAUCUUCUGCUCUUUUGAGGGUGUCGUACUCAGUAUAACAGCCAUCCACAUAGUUCUCACCACCUUGUGGAACUGGAUAUGUGGACCCGCUACUCCUACACCAGAAGAGCUUAUACGAUCAAGACGCGGAAAUCAUGCCGGUCGAUCGGCCGUGAACAGAGUAGCUGAAGCUGCUCCCCGGCCAGCCGCUGACAAGCACCCUUACCAUAGGCCUUGUCACAGCUGGUGGUGGUAUGCUAUGGCCUUAUGGCCAGCCCGUGAUGACCUUCUUCGUAAGCCUCGUCGCAAAUGGUGGUGGUACAUUUUGGCCCUGUGGCCAGCUCGUGAUGACCCAGGUCGGCGGUUCAUUCUGACCACGGCCUGGUCCAUCAGUAUACUCACCUUCAUUUUCUUCUUGCGUGAGAUAUCUCCGGACAUUUAUCAGGGUCAUGUUCGAUUCUUUACGAUUCUCUCGUUUCUGGCACUCGAAGUCGGACGCGCCGCUUACUUCUACCAUCUCUUGAAAGACUGCUCUAUUCUUGUUCAAGAAGUAUGCAUUGGUCUCAUGGGUCAUGUCACUGGUGGUUUCUGCCGCCUCGGCAGUCUAUUCGCCGUUCCCUGA